AUGGCUUCAUCUGCAUCUUCUUGCUUGGUGACUACUCCAACUUCAACUUCCAAUGAAAAUCAAACUGGAAAUACAAAUCACCCACCAACUUAUACACCUUUAAUUUCUAAUGGGCUCGAUACUGUCAAGCCUUCAAAUGCUGAAGCAUUGCCACAAGAAACCAAAGCCAAUGAUUCUACUCCCAUAGAAGAAGAUAAAGCUAGUGAGAUGACAAGUAAAGUGAGAAGCAAGUUGAAUGAAUUGUAUGAUCAAUAUAAAUUGCUUUACCAAGAAAAUGUUGCACAUAAGGAUGAGACUCAUAAUCCAAGUGAGAUGGAGAUUGAUAGUAAUGAAGUAAAUUUUGCUACUGCUUUCACAACUGGAUUCAUGAAACUUGUGGAGAAAACUUAUGGUGAAGAGUCCAAAACAGAAGUUGAUAGUGAUGUUCUUGAGAUUGUAGAUGAAAUGGAAGAAAUUGAAUCAGGCGGUGCUCCGGCAUGUUGCUUGGAGAGCGACGGUCGUAUGAUAUAUGGGGUGAAUGAGAUGAUAACAGAGAUGGUGCUCCGGCGCCUUGAAAAUCAAGGGUCGAGGAGUCCUGGAGGGACAAUCGAGGCUGAAAAGACCUGCGUGGUGGAGCUUAAUCGGGGCAAGUGGGUAGUUAAAUCAGCAUUUGGGAUCGUGAAGCAUGGUGGUUUGGGAUCGUGA